CCCCGGGGGGCGGCGAUGACCCUGCCCGGGGUCGGCUGUGCCUCAGGCGGCACCGAAGGGCGAAGCCGGGACGGGGGAGGCGCGGCGGGGCCCGCUUCGCCUCCCCGCCGCCCUGCCGUGCCUUUGUGUGGGGUGAGGGAGAGGGGACCCCAGCGCCCGGCUCCCUCGGCGGGGGACCAGCAUCCCUUUGGCUCGGAAAGGGGCGCGCCUGCGGACCCCGCUCCUCCACCGGGAGCUCCCGCCUCGGGCUUUGGGGUGAGGGGGGCAUUCAAAGACCGACGCGCAUCCUCUGCCGUGGUCCCCGCGGUGCGGGACCGGCCCCGUAUCCCGCCCCGAAGCGUGGAGGUGCUCUGGGGCGGGCGGCGGCUGCCAGGCGUGCCCUUUGGUGGGCGUUGUGGCACACCUCGCAUUUUGAGUACUUCUGCAAGACUGGGAACGAUUGAUUUCCCGAUCCGGAUAAAACGUGCUCCAGAUGCUGAAGAGUACCAGCCUCCAAUAUGGAAAUCAUACUUGUAUCAAUUGCAACAAGAGGCUCCACGUCCCAAGAGAAUUAUCUGUCCUCGGGAGGUGGAGAACAGGCCAAAGUAUUACGGAAGAGAGUUUCACGGGAUCAUUUCUCGGGAGCAAGCGGAUGAAAUCCUYGCUGGCGUAGAAGGAGCGUAUAUUCUUAGAGAAAGCCAGCGGCAACCCGGCUGCUAUACCCUUGCUCUCAGAUUUGGUAACCAGACCUUAAACUACAGGUUGUUCUAUGAUGGGAAGCACUUCGUUGGGGAGAAAAGAUUUGAGUCAAUCCAUGAUCUGGUUACAGAUGGCUUGAUCACACUGUAUAUAGAAACAAAGGCUUCUGAGUACAUUUCCAAAAUGACAACAAACCCCAUCUAUGAGCACAUCGGAUAUGCCACUUUGCUUAGAGAAAAAGUGUCCCGAAGGCUGAGCAGAACAAAAAAUGAGUCAAGAAAAGCAAGUGUAACAAGUGAAGAAAAUACUCCGGUUGAAAAGAUCACCUCCUUGGUCAGAAGAGCAGCCUUAACUCAGAACGACAACCACUUCAACUAUGAAAAAGCACACAAUUUUAAGGUCCAUACGUUUCGAGGUCCGCACUGGUGUGAAUACUGCGCCAACUUCAUGUGGGGUCUCAUCGCUCAGGGAGUGAGGUGUUCAGACUGUGGGUUGAACGUGCACAAGCAGUGCUCCAAAUAUGUGCCCAACGACUGCCAGCCAGACCUCAAGAGGAUAAAGAGAGUCUACUGCUGCGAUCUCACCACGCUGGUGAAGGCCCACAACACCCAGAGGCCCAUGGUGGUGGAUUCCUGCAUUCGGGAGAUCGAAGCAAGAGGUUUAAAGUCCGAGGGCCUCUACAGAGUCUCAGGCUUCACUGAGCACAUUGAAGAUGUGAAAAUGGCCUUUGAUCGAGAUGGUGACAAGGCUGAUAUUUCUGCCAAUAUUUAUCCAGACAUAAACAUCAUUGCUGGAGCACUGAAGCUCUACUUCAGAGACCUACCAAUUCCCGUGAUCACCUAUGACACCUAUUCCAAGUUCAUAGAGGCAGCAAAAAUCUCUAAUCCUGAUGAACGACUAGAAGCAAUACAUGAAGUGUUGAUGUUACUCCCUGCUGCUCACUACGAGACGCUUAGAUACCUAAUGAUUCAUCUCAAAAAGGUUACCUUGCAUGAAAAGGAGAAUUUUAUGAAUGCUGAAAACCUGGGAAUWGUGUUUGGACCUACUUUAAUGAGACCCCCAGAGGACAGUACCCUUGCUACACUGAAUGACAUGCGGUACCAGAAGUUAAUUGUGCAGAUUUUAAUAGAAAAUGAAGAUGUUCUCUUCUAGUCUGAGAGGCAUAUCUUCAAAGCCAUUUGUUUUAAGAUAAUUAGUCUGAAGGAAAAACAAAAUUUCUUUAAAUUUUUCUAAACAUAAAGGAAGAGUUCCUUGACUGCACUUCAAUUUCUGCAAAGUUGCAGAUGGAUGCCAAAAUGUUUAGGGAAAGCCUAUGUCUCAUAGACAUAUGCCUCUUUGUAGAAGGGAAAAAGAAGGUCAGAAAAAAUCCUCUUACCUUGUAUCUUUUGCCUUGCCUCAGAUGUAUAUUUGUUUUGAGAAGUUUCAAACAAUUUUAUUGUUAACUUAUUAAGAAACACAAAACGUAUUUUAAUAUGGYUAGAGAAGCAAAAAGGUACUUAAUCAGUGUUACUUGUAUACGCCUAUACAUUUCCUUCUUCAUGAGACAUAAUUGUAUAUGUCAAUUGUGAAACAGAACCUAUAUUAUAAAGAUAUUUUUACUUUACCUAGCUGAAAGAAUGGCAUUUUAUUUUAGCAAACUAUAAAUCAAUGCGGUGCAUUGAUUAUUUUCACGUAAUUCUUUCCUGCAUUUUUGCUAUGAUAUAUUGAAAACAAUGGCCACUAAUGCAGUAUUAUCCUGACAUACCUCUUCCAUUGCAAGUGUUUUAAAGGAGAAUACCUUUCUUGUGCAUAUUUCAGCUUUCCUUAGGUUUCUUUGCAUUUAGGCACUAGCAUCCUAGGAUUGUACACUUUCAGCCAUUUGCUAUUUCCCAAAACAUACAGUAUUUUCUCUUUUUUUUUUUUGUUUUUUUUGUUUUUUUCUCCCAUGUAAAAUGCAGUAUUAAGAAUUUUUCAAAAGUCCUGGUGGUAGUAUCAGUUUCAGAUGCCAGAUUUUUCUUGGAUUACAGUAAUAUAUUAGUUAAGUGAUGCUGGGACACUGGAUAUUUUCUGGCCUUGUUGAAAGUCAGCACUUUUUUGGGUGAAUGAUGAAGGAUUUGGUUUUUCUGUAAAAAUUGAAUUAUGUUUUGUCAUGUUUCUCUAUUUAUAAAUGUACAGUAAAUCUGCUAAAAUUGUAGGUAUUUAUCUUGAAUGUGUUUCCUGAUGGUUUGUUUAAAAAAAAAAAAAAAAAGAAAUAAGAAAGAAAGAAUGCGUAGGACAUGUGGGAGCUGGUAAAUUUAGUUAUUACCAAUUUUUAAUAUUUUUCUCCCCUCACAAACAUUGACCUACAGAGUUCGUAGUCUAACUGCAACUUAUUCCUAAUGUUAAAACAGUUUCUCAGCAUGACAUGUUUCUGCAAGCAUAGAAAAUCAACAUAUACUAGCAAACUCAAUUUUCAACACACAAAAAAAAAAAUCUAAUACUCCCUUAUCUUGAUCAUUUGUAUCAUAUGCGUGGUAACUCAGUGAUGCAGUUUCCUGAAUUAUUUCAGGGAGCACAUGUUUCUAUUCAAAUUGAAAAAUAUGUGUAACUAUGAUAAUGAAGAGAGGUAGAGGGUAUGACUGUAAAUUUGUCGUCUUCUAGAGAAAUAACUAAGGGCUAGAUAGAUUAACCGAGAUUGCAGAGCAAGUGCUAAAUAGUCUGAGUUCCCAAUACUUCCAUAGAUCCUCCUGCCUUGUACAGGACUAUUUGUUGUAGGUUAUGUACUACUUAAUACUGUCAUAAAAAAAAUGAUCUGGAAAUGGUUUUAUUUUGUGAAGUGAAAUAUGCUUUGUAAUUUAUGAUAGUGUAAAUGGAAGGAAAAAUCCCAUUAAAUGUGUUAAAAGAGUUUUGGUGUCUGUCAC